CCAUUCCAUCUCACACUCUCUCUCUCACUCCCUCGUUCAGUUCUGGCUCACAUUUCUGAAGAACAACAUAGUGCGCAUUGCGCACCUCCCUCCCUCUUCUCUCGUCUUCAUUCCAAUUCUCCCUAGCUAUUUCCUCAGAGAAUCCCAAACCCUAGAUCUCAACCUCAACCUCAAAACCUUCACUUUUUUCUGUUGAGCUCGAGUGGCUAUGGCGGCUCAGUCUGCUUGGCUUCUAAUUUAUUUCUUGACGGCGGCGUGGCUCGCAGUCGAGAACGAGUAUAUUGCUCUGGCUUCGACGACGCUGUCGUUGAGGCUAAUUCACCGCUUCUCAGACGAAGCAGCGAAGGCGCUCAAGUUUUCGCCGUCGGAGACAAACGGCAGUGCCGGAGUGUCGCCGUGGAGGAAGAAGAGCAAAGACUAUUACCGAGUCCUGUUAAGCAAUGACUUCCAUAGACAGAAGAUGAAGCUCGGUGCUCACUACCAACUCCUCUUCCCUUCUCAAGGCAGCAAUACGGUGUCGUUCGGAAACGACUUCGGAUGGUUACAUUACGCAUGGAUUGACAUUGGAACUCCAAAUGUGUCGUUUCUGGUAGCAUUGGAUACAGGGAGUGAUUUGCUUUGGGUUCCAUGCGAUUGCAUUCAGUGUGCUCCCUUAACUAGCGCUUACUAUAGUUCUCUGGAUAUAGAUCUGAAUGAGUACAAUCCAUCUGAUUCAAGCACCAGCAAGCAUUUAUCUUGCAGCCAUCAGUUAUGUGAAUCAGGUCCAAACUGCAAAAGUCCUAAGCAGCAAUGCCCCUACAAUAUAAAUUACUACACGGAAAGCACAUCAAGUUCUGGAUUGCUAGUUGAGGACAUGUUAAAUCUUGCAUCAGGCAGUGAUAACACAUCAAACACUUCUGUUCAGGCCCCAGUCAUUAUAGGAUGUGGUAUGAAACAAAGUGGUGGUUAUUUGGAUGGUGUGGCUCCUGAUGGUCUCUUGGGUCUGGGACUUGGAGAGAUUUCAGUUCCAAGUGUUCUUGCUAAAGCAGGAUUGGUUCGGAACUCUUUCUCAAUGUGCUUUAAUGAGGGUGGUUCGGGGAGAAUUUUUUUUGGGGACCUGGGACUGGCCACCCAACAGUCUACUCCAUUCCUGCCUUUAGAUGGAACAUAUAAAACCUAUAUUGUUGGGGUGGAUGCUUGUUGUAUUGGAAACUCUUGUCUUAAGCUGACGAGCUUCAGAGCAUUGAUUGAUAGUGGGGCAUCAUUUACAUUUCUUCCAGAUGAAGUAUAUGAAAAAAUUGUAAAGGAGUUUGACAGACAUGUCAAUGCUACAAGGUCUAGCUUUGAAGGAUAUCCUUGGAAGUAUUGUUAUAAAUCCAGUUCACAAGAAUUGCCCAAAGUUCCCUCUGUGACACUCAUGUUCCCAUUGAACAAUAGCUUUGUGGUCCAUAAUCCUGUUUUUAUAAUCAAUGGCAAUCAGGGUGUUGAUGGUUUUUGUUUAGCCAUACAGCCAACUGGUGAAGAUAUUGGAACAAUUGGACAGAACUAUAUGACCGGAUACCGGAUGGUGUUUGAUAGGGAAAAUUUGAAGUUGGCAUGGUCCCGCUCAAAUUGUCAAGAUCUUGGUGAUAGUAAGACAAUGUCCCUAACUUCCCCUCCAGACGGCGCACCAUCUAAUCCAUUGCCGACAACUGAGCAGCAGAGCACCCCUGGCGGGCGUGCAGUUUCUCCUGCUGUUGCUGGAAGAGCUCCCGCCAAACCAUCAACUGCCUCAACUCAGCUCAUCUCAUCCAGGUUCUGUUUAUUAAGAUUGCUGCCGGAGCUGCUUCUACUGUUAAAUAUUAUUUCAGCCUUUAAAGCAAAUACUGGCAUCUUCUAAUAGAUCUUCAAUGAUUUAGGUAGUCUUACAUGUAAAUCCUGUGUUCCUCUUCUUCAUCCUCUACUUUUUAAUUUUUUUUCUUUCUUCCCAAAUAUAUAAAUAUGUAGCUGUCAUCCAAUGCCAUCAGUUUUUAUCUUUUGGGUCAUUGGGUUAGUUGGGCCUUGUAGGAACAUGUAUUGUAUUUUUUAGGUUUUAUUAAUAUAUAUCCUUUGGUUUUAUCCGCUCA